UGUGAAGAUGGCGACGACUGGAGUUGGCUUUCGAUGGUUAGAUAUUUUAGAAAAGGAGUACGACAAAGCAUGUGUCGAAUUAGAUGCUUCUUUGUCGGAGUUAGAUACAGAGGAUCCCGAAGUAGUAUUCACAUCUCGUCAGAAGAUUGCAACUCUUAGUUCAUGCUUUGCACAGUUGACUCACAAGGCUUUAACAAUAUUUCAAAACAGUGCAAAACUCGAGGCGGAGCUUGUGGACAUGAGGGCUGAAUUGAUUCAAGCACGCGCGGCAGGCGGAUGUCAAGAUGGCGGGGACAUGGUGGGUAAUGUCCCUGAAGCGGCACGUGCACGAGCCGAAGCUGCCCAACUUGCUCGAGAAAACGCAGCGUUAAGGGAAACAGUUUUGGCUCUACAUUCUGAACUUUUUGGAGCAAGGCUCGCAACGAAGUAUCUAGAUAAAGAAUUAGCAGGUAGAAUACAGCAGCUACAAUUAUUAGGUAGUGACAUGCGCGCUGAACUAAGAGAUUCGCUUUGGGCUCAGGUAGAGGCAGAGAUCCUACUCCAGCGACAUAAGACACUGGUGCGGGUAUGUCGCGGUCUGGCGCCUCGAGCGCCCCGCCCGCCCGCAUCUACGCACGCCCCGCCCGCCCCGCGCACCGUGCGGGUGCGUCGUUCGCCACACCUCGGCCUCGGAAUCUCUGUCACGGGCGGCCGAGAGCACGGCGUGCCAAUCCUCAUAUCGGAGCUGGAGGCGGGCGGGCCGGCCGCGCUCACCGGCGAGCUGUACGUGGGCGACGCCAUACUGGCCAUCAACGACCUGGAUCUCACUCAGGCCUGCCAUAAAGAAGCGGUGCAGGCGUUGCAGAGCGUGAAAGGAGACUGCGCUCUUUGUGUUCAGUUCAUCGCUACGGACGACGACGAUCGUCUCUCCGAAGACAAUUACAGCAGGUUCCCGCUGUACCCCGAGGACGGCGACGCGUUCGAGCCCGACGCGGGCGACGCCACGCCCACCGCGCCGCGCACGCCCGACUACAACCACCGCGCGUCGGGUAGUGAAUGCGGGGAGAUCGACACGUACGUAGCGCGGCGGGACAGCGAGUACGAGCCGCUGCGCACGACCGUACGGAACGAUAUCGUGUACGGGGAGCGGGACACGGGCAACUCGUACGGGCUGACGGACGACAGGACUUAUGCAGCUCUCGACAGGAGCGAGGCGUACGUGCGCGACGGGCGGGCCGAGGGCGGGGACGGGGCGGCGCUCGUGUCCAGCGCGCACUACGCGGACUACAACAACAUCAACAACCUCGCCAUCCUCGACAUGGACGACGACUCCAUCAAGAUCGAAGCCCGUCUAGAGUCGGCGCCGGCGUGCGCGUCCGCGUCGACGUCGGCGCGCUCCACGCCCGUGCACACGCGCGCCUCGCUCAAGAAGAAGCGCAAGCCGCAGGAUUGGAGAACGAAGGGGGCGUACUGUGCAGUCUCGGACGCGCAGUCGUCGGACGAGCCGCGCGACGGACCCGAGACGCCCAACCACCGCCCUGACCCCUGUGAUAUCGCAGCUGUUUCGGAAAGAGUGCGAGACCCGCCCGCGGAGGAGCCCCCGUCACCGGGGCAAGAGGUGCCGCCGGGUCUGUUAACGAGCGCGACCAACGCCACCACCGCCAGCGAGUCGGUCGCCGAGCCGCUCGCCGACUCGCUGGCGGCUAACGUGACGCUCGCCGACAAGCCGCCGGCCGACGGGCCGCCCGCCGCCGCGCUCGCGUCCGACGCGACGUCGACGUCGACGAACUCCAAACCGCGGCGGGCCCUCGAAAACUCGUGCGACAUCAUCGCCCCGCCCCCCCUCGACGUACGUUUCAAGACGAGCAAAACGAACGGCGACAGCCGCGUGAGGAGGGAGACCAAAGGAUUCAGGAUCGGCUCGGCGCGGCGCGUGACGGACGGCGCGGCGGGCCCGGCCGAGCGCCGCGCGCCGCGCCUGCUGCCGGGCCGCGGGGACCCCGACUUCGGCACGCCCGUGUAGCGCCCGCCGCCGCCGCCCGCCCCCCCCCCCCCCCCCCCCCCUCGCGCCCCCUCGCCCGCGACGGAGAGGACUUUUCGCUAGUGUCCCUUUCGGUUGGCCUCAGUUUCGCAAGCGGCCGGCACUCGACGUCCGCCGAUGAUACUCGCACAAAAUCGAUUCGGUAGCUUACUUCAGAUAGAGAGGAACUUUUUUAAUUUUAGAAAUGAUGCGUCUCCGCGGAAUGUCACGUAGAUCGAUUCCGAGGUGCGGACAUCGAUAAGGAUCUCAGCCCGCUACAUCGCGAGGUCGGCGACCUCCGAUUUUAUUUUAUUUAGCUACUUAGUUCCACGACUGCGGUUUCCUAUGUAUUCCAUUUUUUUCUUGUAGAUAUAUUUUUAACUUAUAUGAUUGAUUUAAAUGUUUAGUGAUUAUGGCUUGUGAUCUAGAAGAAAUAAAAUUAAAUUAAUAUAUUAUUAUAAUGUGUAAAAACGGUUAAAUCAACUAUUGUCUUGUAACGCUUCCAUAUCGGCUUACCGUUUAUGUAUUUUUGUUAUAUCUGUAAAUACUACGUAAGUUUCAAAAAUAUUUUAUUUCCUGACUUCGAUCAAUCAGCUCUUCUGGUAUCUAUGUGAGAAACUAAACACGCGUUCCUAGAUGUUUUUAACAAAGUGCUAUUAAACACUUAACUCGAUCUUUAUUUACGACAUUGUAAAGAAUUAAUUACCCCAUACAGUUACAUAAAUUAUAUUUGUACUCACUUACAUACCGAAUAACACAUGAGACGAGUAAUACUUAACAAUUACUAAUUAGUCUAAAUACUCUUUUAUUGAGUAACAUUUUAUAUAACCCAGCGCCGAAAAGAUACACUGGUGACGUAAUUUACAUUCAUCUAAAACGAUGAUCGCUGUCCCAAACGUGGGCAAAUAUUUAAGUUUAUAAUUAGUGACUUGCUUGUAAAGAUAAACAUCGGAACGAAAGCUGUAUUGGAUGAAACUCAGCCACAUACUAAUUUACUCCUAACGUUCUUAAUAGGAGAGGACCUUUAGCGAGCUGUGAAAUAUUGUCGUGUUAUAUGUUUAACCCUGUUACUCAUCAUGUCAAAUUAAAACAUAAUUGAUUCAAGAAGGCUCUUGCGAGCAACUUUUGGGUCAUUUUACAACAUCAUAGCUGAAACCGAUUCGGAAUGUAGAUUCUACCGAUAAGAACCGGCAAGAAACUCAUUAGUUAAAUACAAUUAAUUUAUUAUUAUACUUACUUCAAACAUUUUUUUAGAAAUAUGUAAUCCUCUAUCGAUUAAUAAGCCUUGUUGAUUUAAGUUUUGUUUACAUGUGAUUAAAAUUUAUUUUUUGCAAAAAUAAUUAGUAUUUAAGGAAUUUUAUUAUAAAAGCGAACCUUGUCCGUAUCGCAUGCAUAUAAGACACACUAACUGCUCUACGCGAUAUCACCCACGGAAAACAUUUCUCCGCCCCGCAGACUAUGGUGUGCUAAAUAACUUCCUCGAGAAUUAAAAAUGCAAAUUUUUUCGAAUUCUACUUAUACUAUAUUUUCUAUUCUCUCUCUGUAUAUAUAAAGUAUAAAAAUACAGUGCAAAAAAAUGUGAUCGACGAAUAUACAAGCGAAACUACUAUCAUAAAUAAUAGGAAACAUAUAUGUAGGUAAAAAAUAUUGAAUUUUAUUACUUUAUUAGCUUUGACAUUUUAUUUUGAGUUUUUUAAUUUUAAUUUUAUACAUCUUCUAAUAACAAACAUGAUAACCAUGUUAUCAUCAGGACUUAUUAACCGGUGGGGUGCACAUGCCAUUUUUAUUAGGAAACCUCAAAAGCUACCCCUCUUUCCUAGGGUAUAUUGCAGGAAUUGGAUCAAAGGAGAAGGUUGGUGGUUCGGCAGAACUCCCCUCUUUCGUUAGAUUAAUAACUUCAUAUCAUGUAAAUUAUAUAAAUCCACAAAAAUAAUACAUCAAAUCAAUUGUUUGUUCGUCGAUGUAUUGUUACUUUUAAUGAUUCUUUAGUAGAUAUUUAUUGAUAUAACCAUAAAAAAAAAGUUGUCUAUAAGGCUUCCGAUCUUAGACUACGCGCCAUAUUAACCACGGCUCGGUUAGUUCUGCCUAAUAUAUUUAAACGUUUCAAAUUACUCGUCAACAAUUCGUACGAAAACACAGCGAUGCCUGCGAUAGGAAAAUUGGAAAAAUUUGGAAAAAUACUUGAUUACUUAUAAAAAUUUUCAACAAAAUUUGUUACAAUAUUAUAUUAUGUUAUAUCAUAGUCAAUGACUUUCUAAAUUGUAAACAGUUACAAAUAGAGAAUUUGUAGUUUAUUACAGAGGAAACGCAGUAUGUAUAUGUAAGUACUAAUUACUUACGUAAUAUGGACGUUCAUUCUUAUCAGAUAAAUCACAAGAGCAGUUUUAUUAUUUGUAUUGUCAUUUCUUCGCAAUAUUUUUUAUACUAAAAACUUAUGACUCUUUUUUUAUUGCUAAUAACUAUAUCAUUCAUUAACACAAUCAUUAUAUACUAGUAAAAUAUGCCUAUACAGUUAAUCCGCGCUAAUCCAACAAACGUUUUGCAAGGCGGUGUCGACUGAUCCGAUUUGUCGAACUAUAGAAUACUGCCAACGACCCUUUGUAGUACGGAACUUUGUAUUUUUGUAAUCUGAGAAAUUAUUUAGGUACUAUGCAGCGAAUAAAUCACAAUAUGUUUUAACAUACAUUGACGAAGUUUUGCCGCAAUAUUUGUGCUUUGUGUAAUAUGUUGUGUUAUGGACAUGUUGGAUUAUAUGGGUGCCGAAUUAGACAGGGGUCGGAUUAUCGCGAGUCAACUAUACUAUAUGUAAAGCGAAAACUGAUAACAAUCAUACAAGGCUUCCUUAAUAGAUUUAAAGAAACUUAUAAGUUAAUACAUAAAAAAAAAACUUACAAUAAAAUACAUUCUUUUUUUCUUGUUUGGAUUUUUUAGUGACGAAACACUGCUCACAAAUAAUCCAAAUUUUAACAAAAUCAUAAUACUUAAAGGAGAAUACUAAGACUCGUUCAUAUUUUCGACUUCGCUCGACGUUUCCGUCGCAUUUCAAUAGAUGGUGCAAAGAAAUAGUUAUUACGAAACAUUUGCACCGAUGUGAAGCGCGGACUACGAAAUUUUUUUGACGCCCACUCACUAUGUAAACAAUGACGACUGAUGAGUCGACGACAGUAUUUCAAGGGCACUACAGUACUCUUACAUCGAUUUGUUAUAUCGACGCUCAUGUCAUCUCCACUAAAACAUAACUACACGAAUAACGAAUCAAACUAACGAAGUCAUGAAUUUAUGAAGAUAUGUAGUAUUUGAAAUAAUGUCCAAAACGUGAAUCGUUGUAGAUAGCUUAUGCCUUGUCUACAUAAUUUGAUUGAAUUACUUUAAUUCUCUUCAGCGACCCAAGAGGGCCACCACCUACUAUUUAGUUAUUCUACCACUGUAGAAUUUAAAUUUAAAGCGUAAAUUCCAAUAUUGAAUUAAAAGCGUAAGUAUUUAUUUAUUUGAGGUCUCAGUUAUUGUAACCUUACAAUUUUGUUAUAUAUUAAUUAGUUUCAUUCGUUCUUAAACACCUUUACAGGUAUUUAUUAUUUAUGUUUGACUCGAUCUCGAUAUUCGACCAUAAUAAUUAUAUGAAUUGCUUGGUUGGAACAUUUUUGUCCUACUGUAACUGUAUUUUUUUUAUUGUUAACACUAAUGCUCGUCAAUAGUCAACCUAUCAAAUCAAACAAAAAAAAUGUUUUACAAGCAAAGAAGAAAGAAUGUGGUGAAAUAUUUUGUCUGUCUAUUUAUAUAACAUGAAGCGCGUUAUAGGAAGGUAAAAAGUCUUUAAAACCCCUAAGAAAAUGAUUAGCAUUUUGAACUUGAAUAAUAGUAAAUGUAAAGUUAUGCAAAUAUAACAGUUUUUUGGAUUUAUGCCAAAAACGUCUGCUGUGCCUCGAUUGUAAAAUUAAAAAAAAGUUUAUUUUGAUUAUGACUAACAUACUGUUAAUACAAUAUAUUUCGCAUAUUCAUAUUACAUUUUGUCAUUUUUUUAUAUGAUAUUUAAAAUCAUUUCGCUGGGACCGCCUUUUGUCUAAAAUAGGUACCUAUAAUUAAAUUUAAAAAAUCUUUAUUAUUGCUACAUUUUAUUUAAAAUUAUGAUUAUGACUACGAUAUUACUUCAUAGGGAAGUAAAAUAAUUACAGAGAAACAUUUUUUUCGGAUAAACGCUAGUGUAUUUGUGACGUAAAAAUAAUUCUCCUGUUUACUGUAUCCAAUUAAUCUAUUCUCGAUGGCAAUUUUCAUAUUAAUAGAAAUAUGCUUAAAGAAAGGACAAUUGAGAAGAAAUAAAACGGGAAAUCGUUAAGGGAGAGAUGUAAGUUACUUUGCCACAAACAGGCAACAAUAUUUUGAAUUACAAACGUAUUUUUUUAGUAUUUAAUAAGAGAUAUUUUUGUGAUUGAAUUGUAGGAUGUGUCUCGGUAUUCAAUAAUUUGGCUUAGUGUGUAUUUGCUUGCAUUAAAAUAAAAAUAAAAAAAUUUUUUUUUGGUCCAAAAUUACAUAUUUAUUAAUUGUUUGUGAUUUUCAAGCUACACAUACAGUUUUACAAUUUUUAAUUAAAAACAUCGACAGAACAAAGGUCCUCCCAGCCAAAUGUACCUAACCGUAACUAAAAUUUAAUGUAUGUUUUUAUGUAUUAAGAUACUGCCAAUCAUGUCGAUUUAUUCCUAAAUUGUUUAUGCUGAACAUUUCAGUGAUAUUAUGAUAUCAGUAAACAUUCCUCUUGUGUUACCCUUGGUAUACUUAGAUAUAAGUUGCGAGUAUAAUGCAAUUUUUAAAAUUUACAAGACAAUACGCAUUUGUAUAUUAACAGGUAUAUUACAUUUGUAUGAAUUAUAUUAUUCGUUUUAUUUAC